GGCCAUCUGCUCUUGGUUAUUUUUGUGUUAGCCACUUCCCCUUAAAUGUAUGUUCACAACUGAGCCGCAGCCUUAUCAGCUGGGCUCGAGGGAAGACUGGCGUAGGUGCUGCUCCUGAACUUGGUGUCUGAGCCAUGGCUUCCCAUAGACACUCAGGUCCUUCCAGCUAUAAAGUAGGCACCGUGGCUGAGAAGUUCAACUGCCACUACUGCAGAGACAACCUGCAGGGGAAGAAGUACGUGCAGAAGGACGGCCACCACUGCUGCCUCAAGUGCUUCGACAAGUUCUGCGCCAACACGUGUGUGGAGUGCCGCAAGCCCAUCGGCGCCGACUCCAAGGAGGUGCACUACAAGAACCGCUACUGGCACGACACCUGCUUCCGCUGCUCUAAGUGCCUCCAGCCCUUGGCCAGUGAGACCUUCGUGGCCAAGGACAACAAGAUCCUGUGCAACAAGUGCACCACUCGGGAGGACAACCCCAAGUGCAAGGGCUGCCUCAAGCCCAUUGUAGCAGGAGAUCAGAACGUGGAAUACAAGGGCACUGUCUGGCACAAAGACUGCUUCACCUGCAGCAACUGCAAGCAAGUCAUUGGGACAGGAAGCUUCUUCCCUAAAGGGGAGGACUUCUACUGCGUGACUUGCCAUGAGGCCAAGUUUGCCAAGCACUGCGUGAAAUGCAACAAGGCCAUCACAUCUGGAGGAAUCACUUACCAGGAUCAGCCCUGGCAUGCCGAGUGCUUUGUGUGUGUUACCUGCUCUAAGAAGCUGGCUGGGCAGCGUUUCACCGCUGUGGAGGACCAGUAUUACUGCGUGGAUUGCUACAAGAACUUUGUGGCCAAGAAGUGUGCUGGAUGCAAGAACCCAAUCACUGGGAAAAGGACUGUGUCAAGAGUGAGCCACCCAGUCUCUAAAGCUAGGAAGCCCCCAGUGUGCCACGGGAAACGCUUGCCUCUCACCCUGUUUCCCAGCGCCAACCUCCGGGGCAGGCAUCCGGGUGGAGAGAGGACUUGUCCCUCGUGGGUGGUGGUUCUUUAUAGAAAAAAUCGAAGCUUAGCAGCUCCUCGAGGCCCGGGUUUGGUAAAGGCUCCAGUGUGGUGGCCUAUGAAGGACAAUCCUGGCACGACUACUGCUUCCACUGCAAAAAAUGCUCCGUGAAUCUGGCCAACAAGUGCUUUGUUUUCCAUCAGGAUCAAGUGUAUUGCCCCGACUGUGCCAAAAAGCUGUAAAGUGACAGGGGCUCCUGUCCUGUAAAAUGGAAUUUGAGUCUUGUUCCUUGUGUCCUUGCCCUCUGCCUGGCACCACCCAUAGGGCAAGAGCGGCCUUUCACCUCUUCAGAGUCGCUCCUUCUGUCUUUUCUCCCAUUUUACAGUUACUACUUGAGUUAAGGGCACACAGUGAUCAUAUUAGGAUUUAGCAAAAAGCAAGCCUGCAGCAAAGUUUAUUUCUCUAUGGCUGCAAUUAGGAAAUAAAUACUUAGGUAGAUUGAUUCUUCUGCAUGUUUAUCAUAGAGCAGAAAAGCGCUGACCAUGUAGCUGCUUAGUGAUGUAAGCAAGAAGCCUAAGAGAUAAAGCCCCACUGAGAUACCUCUUGUGGCUCAGCUGGGACCCACAUUGUCAUCACACGACACAAGAGUUGCAGCGGCUGCUCCAACUCAGCUGCUCACCCUGUUCUGUGAGCAGAAAGAACUUACUGAAAUGCAUGGUUUA